AUGAAAAUAAGUCUUGAACACAGAUUUGCCCAAAGGCGAGAAUUACUACAGAAAUCAUGUCAGAAGAAUAUUCAGUACUUCCAGAUGGGUUUUCCAAAAAUACCACCUGAUUUGAAAGUCACAGCCAAAGUGGAUAGUUCAAUAUGUCCCAUUGAGAAGGUUGGCAGUACGUUCUGGAUACGAAUGUUGGCUGUUUUUGAGAAGGACCUGGCUCACAAGUCUCGUUCUAAUCUGACAACACAAUCUGCAACAAGACGUAAACUAUCACCACUGCAGAUAUUGUCUACCCGGAAGUACAUAUUUGUAAGGAAUCCAUAUACAAGAUUGCUGUCUGGUUACGUUGAUAAAUUUUUUGCAGUUAAUCCAGCGUUUUGGAAAAUCAUUGGACGUGAAAUCGUAAUGUCUACACGGUACAGAGACAUGCCUAAUGCUGUUGAGCAAACGUGUGGGGAUGAUGUCAGAUUUGACGAGUUUGUGAGUUACAUCCUUGACAGUGACGACAGAGAUCUUCAAAUUGAUGGCCAUUUUGCCCCUAUCCAUCGCCACUGUGGUAUAUGUGAGAUUCAGUAUGACUACAUCGGGAAAAUGGAAACGUUAUUAGACGACAUGGUAUAUUUUGCUGAUGAUAUGGGAAUGCUGGAUCUGAACGGAACGAAACACACAUUACUGAAUGAAGGCGUCCGUUGGGUGAAUCAAAUGUUCUUCAGAAAUGCCUGCUCCUUAUUCACACACAGGCGAGAUGCGAUGGAAUCUUGCGGAGUGACCUUGAAUCAAGGCCUUCACGUUACAUGGAAAAGAUGGCAGAUACGAGGGAUGAUUUCCAUGGAGAUUCCGUUUCCCGAUGAAGCAAAUGAUGUGGAGAUUACCUGUGACAAAUUCGUUGCACUGGCAACGGAAGCCAAUGCUAGAUCCAAUCCUGACAUACUGUCCAGAGGAAAGGACUUGGCACUGAAAGAAGCAUAUGGGUCAUUGUCUCACGAGGUCAAGAUCAAAUUGAGGAAAUACUUUGAACCAGAGUUUGUGAUGUUUGAUUACGAGUCUAACCCGGACUUCGUCUUUGGUGAAUAUCAGAACUCAGAAAAUAUAUUCAGUUUCUUUGGUAACAAAUAUAACUAG